GCACAUGUGGACUAAAUUGCUGUUCUUUGAAGUAAAUAAAAUUGAUAAUAUAUGGGUUUUAGAAAUGUUUCAUCUGUAUGUAAAGUUCUGAGGAGGCUUUCAGAAUGUUUCUGAAAUAGAAAUUAAACACUACCCAUGAAAGAUGGAGACUGCUGCCUUGGUAGUGCCUAUCACAGGUUUGGAGUUGUUUCAGCACCGGUUCCUGCUGGCAGGCGAGGGACCGGUCCUGUCCGUGUACAUUCUUCAGCCUCGCCCCAAUGUUGGCGCCUCACUGAGUGUCCUCCAACAUUACAGAAUCCAUGGGAUCAGAGCGAGGAGUCGGGACGGUGUGUCGACACGGAGCUCUACCGUCAUAAUCCACGGACAGCAGGAAGAUGAGAAACACUCCACCUCUGAACGAAGCUUCUAUGACUUCGCCAUAUUUGGAGGAAGAGCUGUGAGGCUGGUCAGGCUUCAUUUAGGUUUCAAAGAUGUGGAGAUUCUUCACUUGGAGGUCCUGGGCCCCCUCUUGGAGCUCCAGGACUGGGCCCUGGAUGUCCGCUGGCUCUCCGCAGACAACCAGUCCCUGCUCUGCGUUGCUGUCGCCCAUAAUGGUGCUCUUCUCCUUGAUUCUACCACAGGAAGUGCACUGGUUCAGUGCUCCUGUCUGGAGGGCUGUCUGCUGUAUUCUGCCCUUCUUCUGGUGCAUCAAUCUUGGACUGAUGCCGUCUUGGUUGGGGGGACUGUUUUUAACCAGCUGAUCAUCUGGAAGCCUGGGCGAGAGGAUGGAAUGAUUAAUUCUGGUCACAAGGCUCCAGUUGAGCGCCGUCUGUUGGGCCACAGCGGUGUCAUCUUCAGCAUCUCUUACCUCCAGGAGAAAGGAUACCUAGCCUCAGCUUCAGACGACCGCAGCGUUCGGGUUUGGGGUGUUGGUGCCUUAGGCGGCCCGGGUGGGAAAUGUGGAGACUCGAACCCGACAUGCUUAAGAGUUUUGUAUGGCCACCAGGCCAGGGUGUUUUCAGUCCAUCUCUCAACGGGGUACGUGUUCAGCGCCGGGGAGGACGGAGCCUGUUUAGUCUGGGACCUGGAAGGGGGAGGAAAGGUGAUUCGCACACUGAAGGGCCACCGUGCAGGGGGGGUGCGUUCACUGGCAGUCAGUGGGGGAACAGGAGAUGAUGAGAGAUGGGUGGCCACAGGUGGGGCAGAUGGAGGGCUGAGGCUGUGGAUGGUAGAAGAUGGUGAGGAGAACAAGGAGAGUCUGGAAGAGAAACUAACAGACCUGAAGUUUCCUGGACCUGACCUUCCUAAAGUGGUUUGUAUAGCAGGAGGAGAGGAGGAAAACAUGUGCUGGAGUCAGUUUUCAGUUUGUACAGACAGAGGAACAGUUUGUCAGUACAGUGAUGGAAGUUGGGAGACAGUAUGGGAAGGCCCACCUGAGUUUUAUUCAUACUGUGUGAUGGAUACAGUAAAUGCCUUUUUGAAAAAUGUAGCCAGUACAGUUACAUUGUGUGCUGUAGGGAACAUCUGCGGAUCCAUCCAGGUGUUUCCUACUUCUCAUCCUUUGUCUGGCGUACGUCUAACAGGCAGACCAGGAAAGAUCCACAGUAUUUUUUGGAAAAAGGGAACAGAUAAGUUAUAUUUACUCGCAUCAGGUGCUGAAGGAUUUGUCUAUCGCUGGUUUGUAGAGGUAAAAAUGAAAGAAAACAGUUUAUUAGUUCUUAGCUUGGUACCUCUUCCAUCUUUCCUCCUACCUCUCUGCUCCAAGCGUUGGCUCACAUCCGCCAUCUGCCUCCAGCAUCAUUCCAACAAGGAGCUCUGGGUGUGUGGAGACAGGAGAGGGUCCCUGCUUUUGUUUCAGGAGGGGGAAAACGUUGAGCUUAACAGAACUGAUCAUGAAAAAGUGAAUGAAGGCUUGCAGCCAGGUGUAAAAACCAGAACGAUGGUGGAAAAAAAACAUGACUUAACACUGCACCCUCUGAGCUGUCUGUUCGGAGUGCACGGGAAACAUGGUGUAACCUCGGUGUCCGAAUACCGGGGAUUGUUUUACAGCACCGGGAAGGACGGCUGCGUGAGGAUUUUCAGGGUGAGUCAAACGCAGCCUGAAGAAAGUGAUGGCGAUCUUCAUCUUGAGGUGCUCAGAGUCCAGCGGGCCUGUAGGGGCAUGGAGUGGCUGGAAAGAGUUUUAAUACUUGAGUCUGAAAUCUCUGAAGAGCUUGGAGAGGAAUGUGAAAAUGUGAUCCGAGGGGAGCUAAGGGAGGCCAGAUUUGUCAUUGCCGGCUUCCAUGCCGUCCACUUUGUGGUUUGGGACCCUGUGAGACAGGAGAGGCUGAUGGUGGUGCCCUGCGGCGGAGGGCAUCGCUCUUGGAGUCUCUGGUUGUCGCACACAGGGAUUUGGUCUGGACGUGGAGCUUUGGUCUUCAUCAAACAGGGGGCGAUCAUGACUUCGCAGCCCCCAGGAGAGAUGCUUGGCUGUGCUGAGGUAGCAGGGAGAACUGGAGGAUGGAGCUUGAGAGAGGGCAUCCAUGGGAGGGGGAUAUGGUGUGUAUGCAGGCUGGGGAGGAUAGAAGAGAUUGGAAUUGACUCUCAAACACAUAAAGGAGACAGUAAAAUGUAUUGGGAGAUAGUGGUGACAGGAGGGGAAGACACUAGCUUAGCGGUCCUGGCUAUAAAUACAGUUUCUGGGAUUGUUAAGGUUCUCUCCGUUAUUACGGACCACAUCUCAGGCGUGCGAACAGUGACAGCAACAACACAACUACAGGGAGAGGCUCUCUCCGCCCUGUUACUAUCAGCCGGGGGCCGGGCUCAGAUUCAGUGUAAUCGGCUGCUGGUCGUCUGGGACAGACAAAGGAUGACUCCUUCCUGUCAGGUGAUCCAGGUGGCGAGUCACCGAUUGGAUAUCCAGUGGGAGAGGAAGCGGAACCGACACAAAACUGUGAAAAUGGACCCAGAAUCAAGGUACAUGUCCAUAGAAGUUCUGGAAGAAAAGACAGGCUGGGUCCUCGUGGUUCUGUCCUGCAGUGACGGGGCUCUCAGAUUGUUUUCUGUCAGUGAAGCUGAAAAUCAAAUUGACUUGUUGUGGGAGACGUUUUUCCACCAGCGCUGCGUUCUUUGUGUCGCCACCUGCAGCCUGCAGGAUGGCAAAGGCAACAGGUACAGACUGCUGUUCAGUGCAGCCACCGAUGGAAAAAUUGCAGUGUGGCAUUUGACUCAAAGUUUGCUCGUAUCGGAUAAUUCAAGUGGUGCUACAACCCCACCAAUCCCCUGCCUUGUCAUUACCGCCCACCAGAGUGGCAUCAACUCAUUGGUUGUUUGGGUAAAGGAACUGGGACAAGAAGAGGAUGGUUGCCUAGUAACUGUUGCGAGUGGAGGAGAUGAUGGGCAGCUGACAGUGGCCACACUGAGGGUGCAGUACCCAGAAGAUGGGAAGGUUGGGGGCGACAGGGGUUUUUCUCAGAUUUGUUACAAUCAAACCUUAUUGGAAGCACAUGAUAAGUCUGCCAACCAGUUUCACCUUCAUUUACACUCCCAGUCCAGCAUCUCCCUGGCUCAUGCUUCUUCUCUCACGGCCCUGAAGCUCCUGAGCCCUGGUCUCCUGGUUUCUACCUCAUCUGAUCAGAGGGUGUGUCUGUGGAGGGUUAGUGAUACUGGCAUCAGCCAUAGCGGGGCACUGUGCUCCCAUGUUGCAGAUGCUGCAGGGCUUGCGGUGUGGGAGGAGGAAGAAGUGGAUGAAAAGAUGAGGUUUGAGACAGAGCAAGUUUGGGAGGAAAAAGUUGACCCAGUUUGUAAGACCAGUUAUGUGAAAGACGAAGAAGCAACUGAUAAUCCGGGAAAUCCAGUGCAGGAUGGAGACACUAACACAGGUUGCUGUGAGUGCAGCAAGCAGAUAACGAAGGUGGGAUGGGUGUUGGUCUGUGGGCAGGGCUUCCAGCUUCUGCAACUCAGGGAUGCUGGAAUGGAUGCAGAGAUGUGGAAAAAGAGGAGAGAAAAGGAAAAUGAAAGUGUUAAAGUGACUUUUCAGAAAUAGGACGCAUAAAUGCAAUCAGAGCAUCAAAGUGGUACAUAAUUUAUUUUUUAAAAACACUUAUGUUGAUUUAUGAAUAAUAUCAGUAUGUUUAUCUUGACUCCUGCUCCAUUAAUCAAACCAUUUUUAAAUAAAGUAAUCUAUUUUCCUGA